AUGGCUUACAGUCGCAAUAGAAUUGUUCAACAAUAUGCUUUCUACUCCUAUCAACAGAUUGCAGUUGUGCUGCAAAACACGACAAAUUAUGUUGAUGAUGUUAAUGUUGAUAAUAUUACAAUUUAUAUAGAAACUGAAACAAACAAACCAGAAAAAUUGACUGAUAAGGAGGAGUUAUGGGCUCUCGAAGCGUUGCGCGAUGUUGCGUAUUACCUGCGUUAUCACAAAUUUAACGAGUAUGACCGACGUUACCAUCCAACCGGAGGAGAGUCAUACUUGUAUAGGAAAUAUCCAGUGCCUCCACUCCGGAAUAUGCACUGGGAAGUGAAGCAGAGUUGCGGUGAUGACAAUUUCUUCAAUUGCUUGCAGUAUCUUCAUAAAAUUGUGAGAAAAUCAAUCAGACGAAGAGGGGACGAUACGACUUAUGUUCUAUUGUACGCCAAGGGUAAUAUCACCCGAAAUGCAACUCUCAGCGUUGACGCUGAAUGCCGCGCUUCAGCCGCUCUAGAAGAAAAAUCAGCCAAGCCAUUUGCUGGUCCGCUUGAACGGUAUCAAUGGCGCACCAGUGCAUCUAUAUAUAUGUGCCUAUUUACGAUGUUAGAGACACCUCAAUUUGCUCAUUUUCGCGAAAGAUGCGAUAAUUUUGCAAAUUGCUUAGACUAUAAAAAUGAAUUCGGACAUAAUGAUCCGAGAGCUGAUGAUUCGGAACCGUUUGCUUGCGCUACAUACAGUUUUUGCCCGGAUCCUUGCUGUCCUUUGCGCUAUAUAUUGCAAAUGAAGGAUUGCUUACAGAUUCCUAUGAACCCGUGUAAUGUAGAAAAUGGGCCCGAAAGGAAAACACCUGCAUAA